UUCAGUAGUAGUGUCGCCGCGCCGGGGCACACUCAAGCGCAUGUUUUUUAAAUAGAACGCCUUGAACUCUAAAUAUCCGUAAAUGUUUUAACUUAGUGUUGUUUUGCAAAGUGUGAGUGAGACAGAAUGCACGGGUUUAGUAAAGUGGGAAGGCGGCAGGUGAUGAGAUGGAAGGAGUGCCGGUUGUUUGAGAGAGUGAAGUAUCAUUCUGGAGCCGGUGUGUUUGGACAUCGGCCUCGAACUGAGAUCGAGAGUGAAACCCCACAAGAAGUGCUCGUGAAGAGGUACGAGAACUGCCGGGCGCAACAACUAGUCGACGCCUACCGCACCCAUGGGCACCUCAAAGCUACCAUUGACAACGUCGAAUACAGGAGCGUUGAUAGGAAUGUGAAAGUGCUGGAGCCCUCCCGCUACGGGUUGACAGCGCGAGACCCUAUAGACACCGGCAUUGUGUACGGGGCGGAUGGGAAACGCGCGGUGGCCGACCUCAUCGACCAGCUUGAGAAGAUAUACUGCGGACCGAUUUCUUAUGAAUUCACACAUUUAGAGACAGAAGCCGAGCAAGAAUGGUUCGCGCAAAGAGUAGAGAGUGGCUCAGACGCUAUAGACAACACACGUCGUCUAGAAAUAGCCAAAGAGCUGCUGCAUUCACAGGCGUGGGAUAAGUUCUUGGCGGUGAAGUUUCCUUCUGUCAAGAGAUAUUGUGGAGAGGGCGCUGAAUCACUUCUAACGUUCUUCUCUACGCUGUUUGGACUAACAACUGCAGAGGGAGUCCAGCACGUGACAGUAAACAUGGGACACCGCGGCAAGCUGAACACCCUGACAGGUCUGCUGGGCUGCCCGCCCGUCCGGAUAUUCCACAAGUUUACCGGCCAGCCCGAGUUUCCUGAAGGGGCUGGCGCGGCCUGUGACACCGUCAUGCAUUUUAGUUCCUCGUCAGACAUAGUCCGGAAUGGUAAAUCAGUUCGAUUUUCCCUGAUCAACUGUCCGUCUCAUUUGGAGGCCGCCAACCCAGUGGCAAUGGGCAAAGCGCGUUCCAAACAACUGCAACUGAGAGAAGGUGACUACUCCACCGACAGCUCUUCAAAAAUGGGAGACAAAGUAUUAAAUUUGCAAGUCCACGGCGACGCAGCCUUCACGGGACAGGGCAUCAACCAAGAGAGCCUCAUGCUAUCCCGCGCGCCGCACUUUGACAUCGGCGGCUCCAUACACGUUAUCGUCAACAACCAAGUUGGAUUCACAUUGCCUGCUCAUCGUGGCCGGUCCUGCCGUUACGUCACGGACUUGGCGAAGACAAUAGCGGCUCCCGUCAUACACGUCAACGCCGACCAUCCAGAGUUAGUCCAGAAGGCAACGAACAUAGCGUUCGAAUACCAGCGCCGGUUCCGCAAGGAUGUGUUUUUGGACUACAACUGCUUCCGGCGCUGGGGUCAUAACGAGGUUGACGACCCCACUUUUACCAAUCCUCUGCUCUACAAGGUCAUACACAAUCGCAAAACCAUUCCUGACCUCUAUGCAGAAAAAUUAGUUUCGGAAGGUAUUUUGAAAGAAGACGAAAUCCAAAGCAUUGCAGCUGAAUAUACCAAAUAUUUACAAUCAGAAUUGGAAGCUGCAAAUUCUUAUAAACCUGAGGCUUCGUACUACCAAGAGCAGUGGGCCGGCAUGGGCGGUGCACCGCGCGCCGUAGAAACAUGGGACACGGGUGCAGACCUGAGUUUAUUGCAAACCGUCGGGCGCGCCUCUGUUCACACUCCUAGCGACUUUAAUAUCCAUCCACAUUUGGCCAAGAUGCACGUAAACAGUCGCAUAUCAAAAUUAACAGACGGGAAGGCUUUGGAUUGGGCAACUGCUGAAGCUUUGGCAUUUGGUUCACUACUCAUGGAGGGUGUGAAUGUGAGGCUUAGCGGUGAGGAUGUUGGCCGUGGCACUUUCUCGCACCGACACGCCAUGCUGGUCGACCAAGCCACUGAACACAUCUACAUACCUCUCAACCACAUACAUCCCGAGCAGAAAGCUUUCCUAGAGGUAGCAAAUACCAUCCUAUCAGAGGAGGCGGUUCUUGCCUACGAAUACGGGAUGGCGUUCGACUCGCCCGCGAACCUGUGCAUUUGGGAGGCGCAGUUUGGAGACUUUUACAACGGCGCACAGAUCAUCGUCGACACUUUCAUCGCUUCUGGAGAAUCUAAAUGGAUGAGAAGCAACGGACUCGUAAUGUUGCUGCCCCACGGCUACGACGGUGCAUGCUCAGAACACUCCUCAUGCAGGGUUGAGCGGUUCUUGCAACAAUCGGACAGUAAAGAGUCUUCUCCUGACUCUGAGGCUGUGUGCCUCCACAUCGUCAACCCUACUACCCCGGCGCAGUAUUUCCAUCUGUUGAGAAGACAGAUGGUGCGCAACUACAGGAAACCACUGGUAGUGGUGGCGCCCAAAAUACUGCUGCGAUUAGCCGACGCGGUGUCGCCGCUGCAGGACUUCGCGCCUGGCACACAUUUCAAUCCUAUUAUUGGUGACUCAUUAGCAGAUCCCUUAAAAGUGAAACGGGUGAUCUUAGUGAGCGGGAAACAUUACUACGAGUUGCAUAAGGAACGCGUGCGCGCCAAGAUCGAAGAUGUGGCCAUCGUGAGGGUGGAGGCACUCAGCCCCUUCCCACUGCAGGCCCUGCAGGCCGAGCUAGAUAAAUAUUCUAAUGCUAGAAAAUUCAUAUGGAGUCAAGAAGAACAUAGAAAUAUGGGAGCCUGGACCUUCGUCAAACCUCGUUUUGAAAAUUUAUUAGGAAGAAAGUUGGUAUACGCGGGCCGAGCAGAGGCUCCAACGCCUGCCGUGGGCGCAGGCGUGCUGCACCGAAGAGAAGUGGAACAUAUCCUCAAAGAACCGCUAUACAACAUCAAGUGAUGCACCCCGAUUCAAUCACGAGUUCUAUCGAAAGAUGCUAAUGAGGAGGCAAAUUGACAUUUAAAAAAAAAAUCUACGGCAAAACAUGCUUCAGCUGCAUUGGCUGUCUCUCCUAAUACCUCUGCCACACACUCGACGAGCGGCAUGGGAAGUAGGCAGAGGCAUAGUGUGGCCGCGCUACUCACGCCGCUCGUCAUGCCCACCGCUCACUAUUUUGUCGGUUUUUUGGCCCGAGUCAAAGGGCUGGCAACAACCUAGUGCGAUAAGGCCCCCCACAGACGGGAGACAAAACUGUUUUGUCUCCGUCGCUGUCGCUCGGUCUAUGGGCUAGUAUGAAGGUGCACACACGAGGCGACGCAACUUUUCAUACAAAUACGAAAGUCGCCGAGCAACUGUUGCCUCCGUGUGCGCGGAGCCUAAUCGCGCGAGUAGGGCAGUGUGUGGCCAGAGAGGGCAUCAUCGCCGCAGCGCGGGGGGGCUAUAGUGUGGCGGAGGUAUUACACUGAAGUGUGCCUCCUCAUUGUGGUAUCUGGUGUUUAUAUUAGCCACUCAGAUAGUUACAUACUCGUAAAAUCUAAUUUGUUUUACAAUUACAUGUAACGGACAGGAAUUUAUAAAAUGUGCAUUUAUUUUUUAUACACGUUGUUUUUAUUACUAAAAUAUUAUUUUAUGGUGCUUUAAGGUCAUUUCGAUCAAUAUCCUGGUUAAUAAGAAGGUUGAUAACUAAUUAAUAAUUUUGACCAAGUUUCUAUAAAUUAUCUGUGAGUCUACUAAACUCAUUGUGUAAUUACUUCAAAUCACCCCUUUGUUAAAUUAUAGUUAUUAUAAUAAAUUUGUUGUUAUUAUAAUAAAUUUAGUAUUCAAAUUAUUA